AUGCGCCCCUCCCUCGUCCUCCGCGCAGCCCACCAACGCACCCCCCUCAUAAAAUUCCUCGGAAAACGCACACCACCCAAAUCCGUGGACCACACUCCUCACGCCCACCCUGCUUCACCUACGCACUCCCUCCCCGAAAGCUUCGCCGCCUACCGCUCCAAAGCCCAGCAACAUGGUCCCCUACGAGGAGGCUCGUCCAUGACAUACGGUGCCAUCGGGGGCACGCCGGGAAAGGCAUUAGGGCCGAUUAAACCCAAAGAAGGAGAAUUCUUCGACAGAGACGAGUUACCCGCCCGAUUCCGUCGGAAGGCCUGGUCGGAAGAGGAGAUUGAGGCGGUGAGUAGUGGAGGGGCCAGCAUGUUUGGUUAG